AUGCUUCAGCGGUUCCUCCUCCCUUAUGUAUUGGACUGUACAGCUACAAGAGGCGGGAGAUGCGCAUCAGCAACCCGCUACCCGCCGAAGCUCUCUCCACUUCAGGACGGAAGAGACUAAAUGUGGAUGCAUUCAGGUGCAAACUUGCAUUAACAAAAAAAUAGUCCAUGUCGGGGUUUCGGGAUGUUAUAUAGCUGCACGUAGCCUUUUCUAGGGCUAUAUUUCACUGUUGGAAAAGGGAUUCGGCGGCGUCCUCAGCUGUUGCAUUUGGGGGCUGAAGUGUUUGGAGCACAGAGAGAGGUCAGGCAACUAUGCAUUUGAUUUCGAACGGUAAUUCCGGAUCAGUUUGACUGCGAGCGGAGGUUGACUGUCAGUGCCCUCUGAGUUGUAUUUCAAGCCUUUUGUCGCCGGUAUUCCCGACAACGGAACCGUAGGGAUGGAAAAAGCUAGUCAGCCACAGCUUUCGCUGUCCAUAACAAAGAGUGAAAGUCCAGCGGAGGACAUCUCAAAUAUACAGGACGAGGACCUUCUCAAGUGGACCAAAGAGGAUUUGGUGCGGCGGCUCCGGCGGUCUGAAGCCGAUAAAAUGAGCGUGAUACUGGACCACAGCAAUCUGAUCCGCGAGGUCAAUCGCAGCCUCCAGCUGCACUUGAACGAGAUAAGAGGGCUGAAGGACAUCAACCAGAAACUGCAGGAGGACAACCGGGAGCUGAGGGACCUGUGUUGCUUCCUGGAUGACGACCGUCAGAAGGGCAAGCGGGUGUCCAGGGAGUGGCAGCGACUGGGGCGCUACAGCGCCUCCAUCAUGAGGAAGGAGGUGACGUUGUACCUUCAGAAGCUCAAGGAGCUGGAGGUGCGGCAGGACGAGGUGGUCCGGGAGAACCUGGAUCUCAAAGAACUCUGUUUGUUGCUCGACGAGGAGAAAGGAAGAGGUGGUGGAGGGGUGGGGGUUGGUGGAGGAGGAGGAGGAGGGGGGGGAGGUUGUGUGGUGGGGGUGGCAGGAGGGUGUAGGAAUUCUAUCGAUAGCCAGAGUAGUUUGUUGCUGGUCCCCGGGACAGGGUUGUUGAUGAGGGACGUGGGGGACGGGAGUAGUACGUCUAGCGCGGGGAGCGCCGACAGCUCCGAUCACCCCCACCACAAGCAGCUCCACCUGGCUACACACGCCGGUAGCCUCGGGGGCAGUGGAACUGGGAGCCCGGAGCAUCUCCAAAAGCCCCGGGCUGGCAGUGUGAGUGGAGAACGUGAGAUCCCCUCCAGCCCUGAACCUCCUCACCCCCAGGGCAGGCACCGUAGCACCAGCCUGGAGUAUCCCUACGCCAUGCCCCAGCUCUGCCGGCCCCGCUGCGGCUCCAUCUCGGUGCCCGACCACACCCAUAGCGCCCGUUCCAUGCGGGGGCUCAGCCCCGAGAAGUACGGCCGCAACGUGGGACGCCGGAGCCCCGAGUCCCAGCACCCAUCCACCAAGCACCACCACCUCCACAGCUCCGACCUGCUUCUCUCCCAGAAACAGCAGCACCUCCUGGGGUCGGGUCAGGGCGGCAGCGCUGGGGAGCUCUACCAGAGGCACCACAGGGGGAGCAUCGGGGGCGGUAGCUGCUGUGGAAGCCCCGAGCCCAGACAGGCACAUCUAGGGUUGGGGACUCCAGAGCACCAGCACCAUGAGAAGGGCUGUGUGAUGUCAGCCGGGGGCAGUCCAGAGACUCACAGGCACCAGUAUAGUGGGAGUCCAGACCACAUGAAGUUCGGCAGCCCUGGGAGAGAGGUACAGAAGAGACCGGCCACCGCUGAAGAGCUGUCACCGCAUCACAGGAGCAUCUACAACGGCAUGAACGCUUUGAUGUCAGCUGGAUGCUGUACCACCAACUGUAGAAAUGUGAAAAUAUGGGACAGCUUCGAUGCCUCUUCUUGACCACACUGCACCCCAGCUGGGACGUUUGGGGUGAGACGUACCUCCUCAACGGGGGGGGAUAAGGAGGGUCCAACACUCCUGCUGCCCUGGCCCAAACAGACACUAGGACAACUGGCCACCCCUCUCCAAGAUCCUGAUGUUCUGUCCCAUCCGUCCUCACAUACUACUAUGUUUUAAUUUCUACAUAUCUAGAGUUCGGGACAAUUUGGGGGAAAACUUGGGAACGCUAUUAGGACAGAUGGAUGGCAUUCCCAAAGACUGCCACAGCUAUAUGGAUGAGAGCUAGACUGGAUACCUAAUAUGAGCUCCCUGCCAACCACCAUGACAAGACCUACCCCCCAGAGAGGGAAAGAUGCAGGGGAAGAAGUGAAAAGAAGGAGAGAAGAAGAGGACCACUCCUCUGUUUACAGAUUAAUCUCAUCAGUCUGGGGUCCACUAUCUCUUUCUCUCUCUCUAUUUAUCUAUUUUUAUCUCCCUCUUAUUAUCUCUUUAUCUCUCUCUUUAUAUCUCUCUUUAUCUCUCUCUCCUAUUCAUCUUUCUCCCUCUGCCUCUGCCUCUCCUCUCUGUCUCUCUCUCUCUCUCUCUCCCUCAGCCUCUCCCCUCUCUCUUAAUCUCUAUAUCUUCCCUUCACUUCCACUUUCUUCUUCUCUUUCCUCUCUCCCCUGCUAUCUCACUCUCUCCCACCACCCCCUUUCUCAUUCCAUCCCUCCCUCUACCCCUCUCCCUCCCUCCCCCUCCUUCCCACCCUACCUCCAGCAGCCUCCACAGAUAUUCAUCAUCUUCUUCUGUGUACUGAGACAGUAGUAAUCUAAUGUUCCUCCCCUCGUCUGCAGCCACAAAUCUAGAUGAUAAGAUUAUCCUAUCCUCGCCCAGUCAUCAUCUCAAACUUUUGUUGACCAAUUUCAUUAAACAGAGUGAAAAAGCUGAAGUUUGUGUUAAAGGGAAAGUUCAGCGGAAUUGCAUAUUUAGAUAUUUGUUUCCUCACCUUGAAAACAGUUUCUCAAAUAUCUAAUUUUGCUGAACUAUCCCUUUUUUAGAAGUUCCUAGGCAAUUACCCUCCACCACCAACAUGCUGUGUCUUAUUACAAAACUACAAAAUGGCCGCCAAUGUUAGCUUGUAGGGUAACGUUGUAGUUCUAACCAGAUACAGUGUUACGGUGUUAGCCUAGUUUUCUUUUUUGUAAAAUCUUGCUCCCUUCCGAGCACCUAUAUUUCCAGCUAGGGAGGUGAGUAUACAUUCUCCAUGUUGUUUUAUACAAGAAAGGUAAAGUCAAAGUACAUAGUAGUUUAUUGGGAUUAGUUUUCUAUACAUAUAUAUAUAUAUAAUGAUUAUUAUUUUUGACUGGUAUUAGAACAAUUCUAUGAAGAUAUCUGUGUAUACAAAAUAAUAAAGAUUCUUCUUUAUGUAAA